AUGGCCGGAAAAGAAAUUAUGGAUGAACAAGCUUCAUCAACACUACCGGCAGCAGAAACAAGAAGUGCUGAAUAUAAUGCUGUCAAGAAUACAAGAGAUUCGUAUUAUGAUAAAUUAUAUCAGCUUUUCGUGGAAGGCGAUGAUCGACCUAGUAGGAGAGCAGUCACUGAGGAAAAUGCUAUUUUGUUUCCUACCAAACGCCUUCGGGACCUUCCAGGCGUUGGAAUUGGCCAUCAGUUUUUGUCGAGAGGAGAAAUGGCCGCAGUUGGAUUUCAUAGUCACGGCUUUAAAGAAGUGGACUAUGGUUUCCAAGAUGACUUUUUGCCUCACGAAGAAUACGCAGAUUAUACUUUCCCCAUAGCAACGUCAAUUGUUGUGCUAUCUACGUUGUUUGAAGAAGAACUGUAUUAUACCAGCCAAAGUAGCCAGGAAUUUGAGGAUAGAAUUCUUGCUCUCAAGAACAAUGAAGAGCAAAACGUUCCUAUAAGACUGAUCAGAAAGCAUAUAGAUGAGGCCAAAUCUAUAUACACUUACGACGGUCUUUUUAAUGUAGUAAAACCCGAAGAGGGCGUUUCCAGCGGGCUAACGUAUGUCUCAAGCGUCUUUGAGGGACAACAUUUAACCAUUUCCCAGGAUCGAUUUCUUUUUAACCAUCCUUUUGGAGAUCUCAAUUCUAUAGACGGGCUUUGCUGCGAUGAUAUUACCAGUGCGGAUCCAGAAAAAAUCCCGAUCAUAGCAACCAAUAAUGGUGGUGAUUGCCCACUUGAACCCACGAAUUUUACGUAUAGCAAUUCUCUUGUAUUCGCGAAAAACGUAAAGAGACCAAAAAUCACCCUCGGCUGCAAAUGUGAAGGAGAUUGUUCUGAUCCAAAGACUUGUCCUUGUGCACAGUCUAAUGGGACGUAUCCGUAUCGUUCUGUGCAGGAUGGCAGUUUGCGAAAUAGUACGAAGCGAAUAAUAUAUGAAUGCGGAGAGCAUUGUGGUUGUGGUUCUAGUUGUCGAAACAAAGUUUUCCAUGCUCCACAUAAAGGUUGGGGUGUGAGAACAUUGGAUCUAAUUCCAAAAGGCGCGUACCUUGGAGAAUAUAUAGGGGUGAUCAGGAGGGAUGAGGAUGCAGGUGAAGAACUGGAGAAUGUGUACCUCUUUGAUAUCGAUCCGACAGAGAAAAACAAGAAAACAAAGAAGGCGAAGUAUUGCAUAGACGGGGAAAAGGUUGGAAACUUCGUUCGCUUCAUCUAUCAUAGCUGCGAACCCAAUUUAUUCAUCCAAAGUGUUCUGAGUGAUCACCGUGACGUCAACUUAGCAAGAAUAGUGUUAUUCUCCGAUACUAAUAGGGAUAUACUACCAAUGGAGGAGCUCACGUAUGAUUACGGAUACAAGAUAGACAGUGUUGAGGUAAAUGGCGUUAUAAAGAAGAUGAAAUGCCGUUGUGCUGCCAAAACAUGUCGAGGACGCCUGAUGUAG